GUGCUUUCCUUAAUUUUCAGUGUGAUGUGAUUAGUUAAAAAGCAAUCAGAUUUUUUUGCCAAGAAUUAAAUCAUUGUACUUUCUAUUUGUACAUGUACUAACAAAUAAUGGAUAUAACACGAAAAACUUCAAAGCACGCUUUACUCUGUUGUCGUGCCUGUCUACUGACCGAUUGUAAACUUUACGAUAUCCAUGAAAAUAAUCUAGCUGAUACCUUUUCCCGCGUCUCGGGGACUCCAGUGUUUAAAGACAAGAUGCCGCAGCAUGUAUGUGCAUACUGCCUCUCGUUUGUAAUGAAAUGUACGAACUUCCGAGAGACGUGUCUCCGCUCACAGCAAUGCCUCCUGUCAGCGUUACUCGAAGGAGAGGUUGACACAGAACGUGUCCGCAGAAUCGACCGCCCCACCAAGAGACUCAAUUUAUCUUUAACAAAAAUUCAUGUCAUAGACCACACAACAAGCUCACUGACAGACUUGGAACAUAAAACUAAUAACGACGUUGAUAUAGACAAUAUUGUAGAAGAAACUGAAGUGAAAACAGAAAUUUAUAAUAAAAAUGAUGAAGUUAAAAUAGAUGAAGAUACAGAUACAGAUUUUGAUUUAAAUGAUUUCAAAAGUACAAAGAAAAAGACUGAGCUUGAAGUAAAUGAAAUAAUAGAGACUACAGAUGAUAAAGAUGAAAUAAAUUACAUUUCUUUAGAAAAUACAACAAAUGUCAAAAUAGAAAUUGAGAUGGUCAAUGAUGAAAUAAGCGUAGCGGAUAAUGAUGAUAAUGGCUUUAGUGAUACAGAAAGUGAUGACAGCCUACUAAAAAAAGAAAAUAAAAGAAAAAAUAUCAAAGCUACCAGAAAGAAGAAAAAACUCAGAGAAGAUGAUUAUGAUGACGAUGACAAUAGUGAUACAGAAAAUGAUAACAGCCCAGUGGAAAAAGAAAACAAGAGAAAGACUAUCGGGGUUACAUGGAAGAAAUAUUCCAAAAAAGUGAGAGAAGAUGAUAAUAAUGAUGAUAGUUAUACAGAAAAUGAUAACAGCCCAGUGAAAACAGAAAAUAAGAGAGAGACUAUCAGAGUUACAAGGAAGAAAUAUUACAAAAAAGUGAUAGAAGAUGAUAAUGAUGAUGAUAGUGAUACAGAAAAUGAUAACAGCCUAGUGAAAACAGAAAAUAGGAGAAAUACUAUUAAAGUUAUGAGGAAGAAAGGUUCUAAAAAAGUAAGAUAUGAUGAUGAUGAUACUGAUACAGAAAAUGAUAACAGCCUAAUGAAAAAAGAAAAUAAACGAAAGACGGUCAAAGACAAGAAGAAAUCAUAUAAGGGAAAAAAAUCUAAAAAUAAUUCUGAUGACGCAGACGCUUUUGAGGACGAAUCAGAGAAGGGAAGAAAAAGAAAAAAAGUGUUUAGGGAUCCGGCAAAUGAUUACCUUCCUAUCAUUGAUUAUGACAAGUACGCGAACGACUAUGGGAUGGAAAUUGUCACUCUGAGCAAGGACGAACAAUUAGAAGAGAUCGCGUCGCGUAAGAAGUCCCGCAUUUACUUGAACUCUCGGUUUAAGUGUGCCCCCUGCGGAAAAGGGUACAUAACAGAGGCCGCUUACAACAACCACCAAACCAGACAUAACCCGAGCGAUGGCGCACACGUUUGCGAUAUCUGCGGAGUGCGCUUCAAGAAACUAAGCAGGAUGCGGAUGCACCAAGUUCUGCAUCGGUUCAAGUUUAUAUGCAAGGAGUGCAACUAUGUCUCACGAACCAGCGUGACAGCAAAAAUUCACCAUGCGAUGCACGCGGGCGAGACGUUCGACUGUGAGCACUGUGAGAGGAGCUUCAACAAGCGUACGACGUACUUGGGCCACUUGCGUCUGACGCACCCCGCCAUGAAUGUGGCAUGCGACAUGUGCGGCGAGACGUUCAUCGGGCAGAGGGGGCUGGCCUUGCACCAGAAGAAGACUCACGGAAAGCUCACGAAACCACAGCAGUUUAAAUGCAAGACCUGUUCAGUGAAAUUCAAUAGUGUCUCGGCGCUGAACACACACACAGACACGGCCGGCGAGCACGGAGACCUGCGGCCGUGCGAGCAGUGCGGCGAGAACUGUGCGAGCGAGGACGCGCUACGGGAACAUGUCGAAGAGAAACAUCCAAUCGAGUCACAUCGCUGUGAAGAGUGCAACAUGACGUUCCCAACCACCUCAACCUACGAGGUUCACCACCGACGCAAGCAUCUCAACCAGCGGUUCAGAGUUGGCGACGGAGCCGAACCUCGAAAACGGGGCCUUUACGUGAAGCGAGAGAAACUCCCCCCGCGCGUACCGCGCCCGCGCGGUCCGCAGGUGUGCGACCAGUGCGGAAAGAUACUACCGAGCGCGGCUAAGCUGCGUAUCCACCAGCACUUCCACCUCGAGGUGAAGCCGCACCCCUGCCCCCACUGCCCGAAGACAUUCGCCACCAGAACAAUUUUAGAGUUUCACCUGAGGAUUCACACCGGGGAGAAACCCUUCCAGUGCCCGCUGUGCCCGUCCACCUUCCGAUUGCGAACCACCUUCACCCGACACCACAAAACAGUGCACCUGAACCAGCGCGAUGAGUGUCCGUGCUCGGUGUGCGGGCACGUGUUCACAACAAGGUCGUCCGCCAAGUCGCACGCCGCGCGCGUGCACGGCGGCGCGCCCUGGCCCAAACAGACACGGAAGAAACGGAAACCCAAGUCCAAGGACACGGCCGUGGAUAAUAAAUUAUUAAAAUAA